AUGCGCCUUUUUGCGGCACGAACAGCCAUUGACGUCCAUCCAAAGCUGAUACUCUGUACGAAGGAGAAACUAUCUAGGGAACUAAACCCAUCGAAGAACACUGACAGAUCGCCUGGAGUGUUUUCAUUGCACGCUGCGCAAAUACUGGAUACUAACAAUGUGGAUGCUAAUAUAUCAGAUCCUGCUCCGGUGUCCGUUUCCGAUGCCAGAAUGCGCCAGCUCGUAGUUCAAUGUAGGAGUGAUCCCGAACUAGUCCAGAACUUGCUGUAUGAGCCGCAGUAUGACGAUAAUAAGUGGAAGAACUGCUAUACUGAUGUUUUUCUUGUGGAUGAAGGCAAGAAGAUCGUCAAAUCCGCCUAUUCGUCAGGAAUGGUGGCGGAAUUUCCGUCGAACUUCUUCACUGACAAUCGGAACAUUACCCUGAAGGAGGCUCGUGCCCAUGUGCUGAGAUCUCGUUUGGAAAUGGCUAGUGAGCCGAGUGCAUGGCUUACCGAGAACGACCAGCUGGGUCUAAGGAAUCUUGAUCUAAUGUCGUACCUCGCCACGGAACUGGAUCCACACGCAGUACAGAUGCGCCUUGCUUUGUACAACGAACAGACGUAUUCGGACCGAGACAGAAUACGAGUUGCCGGAAAAUGUAGGUUCGAAAUAUUGGACAAUCAAGUGAAUAACUUCCUUUCACUGCAUGAAGCAUUUUGGAUAAGAAUUUGGAUAAAUGCAGAAAUCGCCGUGAGUUCAUGCUUAUAUUGGGUGAAAUGUCGUGACUCCUCUAGAGUAACGAUUCGUUAUCCACCUGGUAGUGACGACAAUUUCAUCCAUGCCAAUUAUGUGUGCGGUGGUCCGUUAUUCAAUAAGUUUAUAUUGACACAAGCACCCAUGGAAAAUACUAUUGGUGAUUUCUGGCGUAUGGUGUGGCAAGAGAAGGCGUCAUACAUUUUCAUGCUUAUUGGGAGAAAGGAUAAGGAUCGAUGUGCUGAAUAUUGGCCACGUCGGCCUGAUUCGAAUUCCAUAGAUGUACAUGGGCUGCACAUUCAUAACGUUGGAUUUCGUGUUCACGCGAUCCUGUGUUCCCACCGCGUCGAACACUGGCAAGCAGACAUGAAUAACUCCAGUAAUCUGAGCUCACCACUUGCAGUUCUUCGCCUUGCUCGCAAUAGCUCUCGGCCUGUCAUCAUCCACGACUGUCUUGGUAUUUCGCGUGCAGCAUGUGUGGUUGCAACUGAGCUAGCAAUCUGUAACAUUAUCAAAGGCCCUACUUACAAGCAUCCAAUUCAAAAAGCCGUUCACUUUCUUCGGCUGCAACGGCCGUUCUCGGUGGAAACUCCCAUGCAGUUUAUUUUCAUUCAUCGAUGUGUUCAAAAGUUCUUCAGCAAGAUCUCAGGACAAGUAAGGGGAAUGGAAGAGGACUAUCAGAAAUGGUUGACGGAACGGGCUGGGCGAAUGUUCUUGGAUAGUCUUGAUUCUGCGGUACCUGGUUAUCGGCUACUAUCUCCUCGGGUUGAUCCUGAUCUUUUGAGGCUUGUAAGGCGUCCGUCGAGACCAAAUACGCGGAGGGAAGCCCCUGAUUGUGUUGGAGAGCUGCCAAUUCCUCUCAGACCGACAAGUGUUCUUUCGCAUGCUAGAAGAGCACUAGAGACUUGA